AGGGUGUGUACGUGCAGCAGGUUGGUGGUGGCCUCGGCAUCGUUGGGUAACUCCGUCUCUGCCAGCUCAGUGCCGAACGCCUGCAGCGUCUGAGCCGUGGUCUUCACCAUAAGGGCGAACGCCUCGAUGGCCUGAGGAGCACACAGGGAACCGGCAAACGGCAGCAGUGACCUUGAAUGGCCUCGAUGGAAACGGCGCCUCGCGGGAAGACGUACAACCUUCACUCUGCAGUGAGACUGAGCGUCAUUCGCUGGUGGACAAAGCAGGCGUUUCCAACAAGGACAUCCGCCGAUGGGCAGAGAAGUGAAGAGGACUGAGGAGGAGAUCUAGCCACCUGCUCUUCAUGCUUUCAGGUUGACGGCCACAGCAAAGACCGGCAGACAUGACAAACACCCUGCUGCUCGCCUUUCUAAUGGGUUUCUUUGACUUUGUGCCCCGUCUGCCUGUUUAUCGGUCUUAUCUGCCCACCAGCCAUCCAGCUAGUGAGCAGACAUCUCACCUGUUGGUGUAUUGAGACAUAAGCUGGAGGCUGGACCUGCUGACUGGGGCUAAAAGUAAACUAUUUGUUACACAUAUAUGGAUGUUUUAUGUGUACGAACAUGAAGAAGAAGCAAGAAUGUAGAUGAAGAUCCAUGGAAUCAGUGUUCCUUGACUGGGAACCAAACUCGAAAAUCUGCCACUUUCUCGUCUCCUUACCGCUGAUGGUUGACACCGCCUCCACCCCCUGCUCCACGUCUGCCGGUCCAGACGCCUGUUGGCCCAUCGUUGCCCCUGGACACUCGAGCUCAGCAGGCUUCUCCUCUUCACGUGUAGCUCCUAGAACGGCACAAAUGCAAAAUCUCACCGGGUGAAUCGACAGCUCAAAAAGAAGUCACUUCAGUGGGAUUAACGGGAACAGAAACUGACUGAUGCACCGUCCAUCCACUGUGGUCAGCAGCGUGAGAGGAGGGAGGGGAGGAAGGAAGACACACAGCCACUGAAGGCAGUUAAUAUCUCAGAUUUUUACCUGCACGUCGUCCUCAAACCAGCAGCUCCGUCUCCAGUCAGCCAAUCAGCUGCUGCCUCCUCCUCAUCCUGUGGCGGACAUCACGGUCCUGUGAUACAGGUGUUGUUGCCGUCCUGUGACGGAUUUAUCCUCUCAGCUGUCGGGUGUAAGGAGGAGAGGAAGCAAAGAUGCCGAAACCGAUCAAUGUCCGUGUGACCACCAUGGAUGCAGAGCUGGAGUUUGCCAUCCAACCCAACACCACAGGAAAGCAGCUCUUUGACCAGGUGGUGAAGACGGUGGGUCUGCGGGAGGUGUGGUUCUUCGGCCUGCAGUAUGUGGACAGUAAAGGCUACAUCACCUGGCUCAAACUCAACAAGAAGGUUACCCAGCAAGACGUGAAGAAAGAGAAUCCUCUGCAGUUUAAGUUCAGAGCAAAAUUCUUCCCUGAAGACGUCUCAGAGGAACUCAUCCAAGAGAUCACCCAGAGACUCUUCUUCUUGCAGGUCAAAGAGGCCAUCCUGAACGAUGAGAACUACUGUCCUCCAGAGACAGCUGUGCUGCUGGCUUCAUACGCCGUCCAGGCCAAGUACGGAGACUACAGCAAAGACGUCCACAAGGCCGGGUACCUCACCCACGACAGACUGCUGCCUCAGAGAGUCCUGGAGCAACACAAGCUGACUAAGGAGCAAUGGGAGGACAGGAUACAGACUUGGCAUGAAGAGCACAGAGGAAUGCUCAGAGAGGACUCGAUGAUGGAGUAUCUUAAAAUCGCCCAGGACUUGGAGAUGUACGGAGUCAACUACUUUGAGAUCAAAAACAAGAAGGGCACGCAGCUGUGGCUGGGCGUGGAUGCUCUCGGCCUCAACAUCUACGAACACGAGGACAAGUUGACACCAAAGAUCGGCUUCCCCUGGAGUGAGAUCCGAAACAUCUCUUUCAAUGACAAGAAGUUUGUCAUCAAACCUAUUGACAAGAAAGCACCUGACUUUGUGUUUUACGCCCCACGACUGCGCAUCAACAAGCGUAUUUUGGCGUUGUGUAUGGGUAACCACGAGUUGUACAUGAGGAGGAGAAAGCCGGACACCAUCGAGGUGCAGCAGAUGAAAGCUCAAGCUCGGGAGGAGAAGCAUCACAAACAGAUGGAGAGGGCCCAGCUGGAGAACGAAAAGAAGAAGCGAGAGCACGCAGAGAAGGAGAAGGAAAGGAUAGAACGUGAGAAAGAAGAGCUCAUGGAGAGGCUGAGGCUGAUUGAAGAGCAGACGAUGAAAGCUCAGAAAGAGCUCGAGGAACAGACUCGGCGGGCCAUGGAGCUAGAGCAAGAAAGAAAGAGAGCCAGGGAGGAGGCCGAGCGGCUGGAGAGAGACCGACGAGCGGCUGAGGAGGCCAAGGCAGAGCUGGCCAAACAGGCUGCCGACCAGCAGAAGAACCAAGAACAGCUAGCUACUGAACUGGCUGAAUUCACAGCAAAGAUUGCCCUCCUAGAAGACGCCAAGAGGAAGAAAGAGGACGAGGCCACCGAGUGGCAGCACAAGGCUCUGUCUGCUCAGGAGGACCUGGAGAAGACCAAGGAAGAGCUGAAGACUGCGAUGACGGUGGUGCCAGCACCUCCAGGCGGCCACGCCGAGAGCGAGCACGACGAGCAGGACGAGAACCACGCCGAGGCCAGCGCAGAGCUCUCCAACGAGGGAGUGAGCCAGCUGGACCUGCGCAGUGAAGAGGCUCGCGUCACUGAAGCCCAGAAGAACGAGAGGGUCAAGCAGCAGCUGCAGACGUUAAGUUCAGAGUUGGCCCAGGCCAGAGACGAAACCAAGAAGACACAGAAUGACGUUCUACACGCAGAGAACGUGAAAGCAGGCCGAGACAAAUACAAAACGCUGCGGCAGAUCCGACAGGGCAACACGAAGCAGCGCAUCGACGAGUUUGAAUCCAUGUGAGGACGGCGCCUCUGUCCCAAACUUUCCCCUUAACGGCUGCUUGAUUUUCACGGACAACAGACGCCGCCGUCCUUCUAAUCCUACCAAGCCUCCCUGACGUCCCCCAGGCAAUCUUGAGAAAUCGUCUUGCCAGACUUUGCCAAAGUCCUGCUCCACAUCUCCAUUCUGAAAGUCUGGAUUCCUCCGUGACGUGGAGCUGCCUACACGCCACUCUGAACAAGCAAAUUAUCAUCGAAUUGCCGAGAUUCAUCUGUAACCCGUCGGCGCAGGGGAAAAGAGUGACUUUAAAACCAAAACGGAAACAAUUGGAUUUUUUUAUUUUGAGUAAACAUGGCCAUAGAAAGCUACUUUUUGUUGUUUUCUUUGUUGUUGUUUUUGCUUGACGACUUGUAUGCAAAGCUUUAGUAUGAUUCCAUGUCUUCAGUUUAAGAUUACCUGUCCUCUACUUGUUUUUAAGUUGUUUCCCUCUGCUUUUGUUUGACUCGUUUUAUUGAUGAUGCCCGUCUUUUUAGUUGUCUAUCGAACACAUCCAGGCUGCAAAUAAGGACUGGAGUUUGGGGAUGAAUGAGGUCACCGUUGUCGUCGGGCGUCAGAGCGCUUCUGCGUCACAUCACGUCAAAAACAUAUCACAUGCUAGGUAUGCUAGCACUGUUAGCAUCUGUAAGUCAUUGGAGAGCUGAGCUGAGAUCAUUUCACUCAAUUCAAACUAUAAACAUUUAUAAGUAUGUACAAAAAAGAUAUAACACUGCAGUAUUUUAAUAGUUUCAUUAAAGGCAAAAUAUCAAGAAAGGCAAUAUUUUCAGAUUUUAAAUGAAAUCUUUUCUGUGAAUGAAAUGGAAGCGAGUCGACCCUCGUCGGGGAAAGAGCCGCCCGACUUGUCACACGGCAGGUUUUGACGAACGAAUGUAGCAAAGGUAACAAAGGGAAAGUGUUUUUUGUUUGUUUUUUUUACAUGCAGAGGUCACAGGAUAGCGUGUUGUCACCGAGCUAUCGCCCACAAGCUUCAAAAGUACCGCGAAGAUAAGCUAAUUGGUCGUAGCGUAGCCGCGUGUUUGUGUUCCCCAGCAGCACCCUGGUGUUUGAUUCCCAGUCACCAUAGAUGGUUUUCUCUGCCUGCCAGCUCACAAAGGAACCCAGGAAGUUAAAAGGACGGGCAGAGGAACGGCCAGCUGUUCGUCUGUCCGUCCUUCCAGAUGUUUGAGUGCUUGUGUGGUUGAAUGAGUGUGUGGAAGCUGAGGCCUGGCACCUCUCUGGCUGGAGAGCUUAUGAAAACAUCAGUCCCAACCCGGGGCAAAUCUCUACCUCAGUAAUAAUAGUAAUGGUGACUGACAGUCAAACACUCAAGGUGCUAUUCCCCUCCUCUCUCCAGCUUUUCAUUUAAAUAAAAUAAUAAAAAAGGUCAAGAUUUUACUUCAUUGCUGUUACAUCUUUGGGCGGUACUCCUGGGCAGGUUCUUUGUGGUUGGUUAAGAGAGCGUUUAGGAUUUAGAAAAACAGUUAUUUCUCACAUUUAAAGCCAGUUUUACACGACCGUCUCUCCCGAUGAAGCGGUUCAUUCACUUAAAACGAGCCCCGAACAAUAAACAAAUGCAGCAGAAGAUUUUCAGAAGACGCUAGAUCAAUUUAUCUGGCAGCUUCCUCGAAACCUCUUUUAAAAGAAGGCUCUUGUGUCCAUUAAAGGCCUUGAGUGACUGUUGCAGUUCCACUUUAAGGAGACGGUUUGAUGGAAUCUUGGGACUGAGACUUUGUGAAUUUGUGAAGUCAUGAGCUGCUCUUAAAGUAAACAAACCUCGCUACUGUUUUUGAUGGAGAUAAGGUCAAUGUUUCCCGCAGAAAUCUUUCUAAUUUCACAUCUAACAGACAACAAAUUGACUCCACCUUUUUGUGGUGUGGGUGCAUUUUUGAAAUGAGUGAACAUGAACCUUCCUCUUUUUUUUUAUUAACAAUAUGAUGGAAAAUGUUAAAUGGUAAUAUUUGUUCUGCUAGACUUGACAGCUGGUGUAGGUUGAUUUUUUUUUUUUUUUUUUUUUUAAUAGUCCGAGUUUUAAAGUCAAAGCACAUGUAUGAAAGCAGACACUGAAGCCUGCCUUUUGUGUUUAACUUCACAGUGUCCGUUUGUUAGCAUUGUGUUUGCCAUAGCAGGUGGAAAAAUAAGGUCCUGUGCUUCCAGCUCAUGUUUUUGUAUUGUGUUCAAAGAUCCUAAACCAGCAGCACGCAUCGCUUCAUCGGACGGCUUCAGUGGAGGGGAAAACGCUGGUUGACGUGUCCACGCCCUCCGAACGUCCACGCUGGAGCUGCGAGGCUUCGGUUCGGCUCCAGCGGAACGUUACCGGUUCUCCUGUCCCCUCCAGUGAAGCCGGCGUCCGCGAUGAUGCGUGCUCUGGCACCAGCUGUCACGUUCUGCUUUUUUUUGUUUUUCUUUUCCUUCUGUUCAUUUUAGUUUUCUCUAAGAUAGAAGGCACAGGUGGAUUGCAGUCCAUUUCAUUGGUUCACAAAUAAAAGUUUUAAAUUUUCAA